AUGUUUCAGUCGCCUCCCCAGCCGCUUCUGGCCAAGGACAGCCUGCUCGCUGCUCUAGAGGCAGUCAAGAGAAGUGCAGACUCUGGAUCUGUGUACCUGUUGGAGUCUAGUGUCCAAGAGGCACUGCCUGAACAUGCAGAAGCAAAGGCGAAAGUGGCGGCAAUUCGCGAGUUGGUGCGAGACCUAGAACAGCUGAAACAGGAAAGGGCCCGUCUGGCAAUGUUUCGCCAUCAGACGCCGAAGGAAAUCCGCAGCGAAUACGCCCAGAUGAUGCUCACGGGCCUUUUCACGGGGUUGGCUGCUGCGAUCCACCCAAUAUUUUUCGUUGUAUGUUUUCUUAGUGUGCACGCAGGAACUGUGAAGAUGGACGAAGUCAAUCGGACGGUCAAGGAGAAACGAGCUGCUCUAAAUGCUCACAUCGAUGCACUUGCUCAUAUGGUGGGGCAGUAA